CUCUUGGUGGAGUGGUGUUGAAAUGGGUCCCCCUGAUCCAAUCCUGGGAGUUACAGAAGCCUAUAAAAGGGAUACUAAUCCCAAAAAGAUGAACCUUGGUGUUGGUGCAUAUCGAGAUGACAAUGGCAAGCCUUUUGUCCUUCCAUCUGUGAGAAAGGCUGAAGAGUUGAUUAUAAGUCAGAAGUUGGACAAGGAGUACCUACCCAUUUCAGGUAAUGCUGAGUUCUGCAAGCUCUCUAUUGGACUAGCUCUCGGGGAUGACAACCCAGCUCUUAAAGAUGGAUUGAAUGUGACAACGCAAGCUAUUUCUGGCACAGGUGCAUUGAGAAUUGGCUCUGCCUUCCUUUCAAAGUUCUUCCCAGGACCAAAGGUUGUUUGGCUGCCCAAGCCGACAUGGGGUAACCACGUGCCGAUUUUCAAGCACGUCAACAUGGAUGUACAGCAGUACCGAUACUAUGAUCCUAAAACUUGUGGCUUUGACUUUGCUGGUGCAUUAGAAGAUAUUUCAAAAAUUCCUGAGGGAAGCUUGAUUAUGCUUCAUGCUUGUGCUCAUAACCCAACUGGUGUUGACCCCAAGCCAGAGCAGUGGGAUGAGAUGAGUCAGCUUAUCAAGAGGAAGAACCUUUUCCCGUUCUUUGACAUGGCAUAUCAGGGCUUUGCUUCCGGAGAAGUGGCAAGAGAUGCAUAUGCAGUUAGAAAAUUCCUGGCAGAUGGACACAAGAUAUGUCUUUCACAAUCAUUUUCUAAAAACAUGGGAUUGUAUGGUGAAAGAGCUGGUGUUUUCUCUAUCAUCUGUAAUGACAAAGAUGAAGCUGCUCGUGUUAUGUCCCAGGUGAAGAUCAUUAUUCGUCCAAUGUAUUCUAACCCCCCUCUUCACGGAUCCCGUAUUGUUGCAACUAUUCUUAGUAAUCCUGAAUUACAUGCUAUUUGGUUGGAAGACGUAAAGGGAAUGGCAGAUCGUAUUAUUUCCAUGAGACAGAAACUCAAGGACAAUCUAGCAAAGGAAGGAUCCAUCAGGAACUGGAGCCACAUCACAGAACAAAUUGGCAUGUUCUGUUUCACUGGAAUGACACCUGACCAGGUUGAAAAACUGACCAAAGAGUUUUCUGUGUAUCUUACCAAAGAUGGACGUAUCUCUGUGGCAGGCAUUGCAUCUAGCAAUGUUGAGUACCUUGCUCAUGCUAUGCAUCAUGCUACAAAGUAAGCUGAUAAGUGACGAAAAUCACCAAAAUCUUUUCGUAAUAUACUGCUGAAAAUUCUAUUUUAGAUUUUUAAUGGGAACAAGAUCAAUUUUCUCCUGCAGUUUUGCCAGUAUAUUUUGAACUAACUCACUUUAGUGAGGGCAUUGUGAUAUAUCAGAUUCCAUUUUGAGUCUGUGAAGUAUUGUAGAUAAAAUUAAAUUAAUGUAUAAAUUCGAACCUUAAAAAAGUUGGUGUUUAUAUCAAAUAUAAUCCAUACCAGCUGUUGACAAUGA